CAAAAAUAAAACGGAGUGACCUUAUAAUUUUUUUCUCGUAAAUAAAGUUUUGCUGUGCAUGGCCGCCGGGCGAACCUACUAUAACUGCAAGAACGAAAUUAAGCCGGCCAAGAUGUUCGUUCGUUGCGCCGCGUCCUUUAUGUCGGCCUCCGCUGUGGUUUCUCGGCCGUUGAUCGGCGCGAAGAUGUCCUCGUCUUUCUUGCUACAAUUCUUUAUUCUCGUUCCCGAAUUACUAGCCGCGGGCUCCUCCGCAACGACCCGCCCGACAGCACACUUCGAUUGGAAACCGCUCCCGGUAUGAAUUGCAAAAGUAUCGAAAUCGUAGUGUUGCUAUUGCAUUACAAAUUGGCUCAGCAUGACAAAUGGAAUUUGUCAUGAUUCGUCAUGCGGAUACAGCUUAAGAAAGAGUUUUGUCAUGCAUAAAUGCAAUUACUACGAGUGCGAUACUUUUGCGCAGGAUACCCGGGCACGAAAAACAUCUUCUUUUCGUCGACAAAAGACACGGGGACCACGACAACUGCAAAAGAGGACACCGCAGCAGAAAUAGAAAACGCAGCAGAAAGACAAACUACGAAAACGACCCUCCUGGUGAAAGACUUCCCCGUUCUCAACUUCCACUACAUCAAUUCCUUCGUAAACCGCCGGAACUUUACCCGCGUCAUGCCCGGUUUCGCCUACCACGAACUUCUAUGCAUUGCAAAAGUAUCGUACUCGUAUAAAUGCAUUACAAAUUUUCUCAAGUUCAAAAAUGCAAUUUGUCAUGCUAUUUCGGGUAGAAAGUUGUGUUGGGUUUGUAAUGCAUGACUGCAAUUACUACGAGUGCGAUACUUUUGCAGUGCAUAACUUCCCGACAGUCUGAAAGGUCAAGCAGCGUCCGUCGUUACCCAUGACAACCCGUACUGGGAUGCGGAAACGCGGAAGGAGCUGCAAGCGCAGUCGAAAAUGGACACGAUAGACACGAGAGCUUUGCCGCCGACGUUGCGCUUUCUCCCGGUGAAGAACAAGAUCCACGGGGGGUACGAUUUGAUAUCCUUCUCUCCAUAUGAACUGCAAAAGUAUCGUACUAGUAGUAAUUGCAAUACAAAUUCGCUCAGCAUGACUAAUGGAAUUUGUCAUGCUGAUUUGCGUUGGGAACGAGAUUUGUAAUGCAUGACUGCAAGUGCAAUUACUACGAGUGCGAUACUUUUGCACAGGAUACCGCACCGAGGGAGUCCGUGGACUACAUGUACGAGCAGGCGGAACAGAUUGUUAUCAAACAAAAAAGUAUUAGCGUUAACGGUUUUCACAAAUGGCAGUCAUGCAUUACAAAUUUUGCCUUCCAUGCAUGCUACGCAAUACAAAUUUGGGUACCUUUUCUGAUGCGUUACUGCAUCACAAAUCCCAUUAACGUUAACACUUUUUCCUGUGAUAAUUGUGAAUGGGAGAUCCGAGUCGGUUGCGGAGAAAGCGGUGCUACCAAAAACUAUGGAUUGCAAAAAUUAUGUCUGGGUCUGGAAACUUGUGAUGCCAAAAUGUGGAUGAUGGAAACCGUUUCGAAUGCAACACAGCAUGACAACUUUUCAGAGCGCUUUCUCAUAGGAAAUUCGCAUGAGAAACUGCGUUUUUGCGUGUAUAAAAGAGGCUGCGACUUUUGUUGGCUAUGCAGUACUACAGAUUUCCUAGUUAUGGAGAGCUAGCAUCACAAGUUCCAACCUUCCAGACCCAGACACUUUUGCAAUGCAUAAAAACGAAAAAGAAACAACUGAUGCUGGAAAUCGGGUCGAAUAGUCGCAAUCUGUUGAUUAUGCACUGCAAAAGUAAAAGUAUCGUACUAGUAUGAAUUGCAUUACAAAUUUCCCCAAGAACAAAAAUGCAAUCUCUCAUGCAAUUUCAGGUAGAAGAGGGUUAGAUUUGUCAUGCAUAUCUGCAUUUAGUACGAGUGCGAUACUUUUGCACAGGAUAUUGAUGGACGAAGACAAGAAGUUCGUGGAGGCAGCGGACGAAACGCUUUUCAUCGCCAGUUUCGAACCGUUGUUAGACAAGUGGAGCUACUUGCUUUCCAGAUUCCGGGAGGCGCCGAACGAAAAAAACGCGGGCGUCAUGCACAAACGCGGCGUUGCGCUACCCUUCGCCGUGGGGCCGUGUGAUAGUAGUAGUACAACUGCUCCUGGGUAUUUGAACUUCCACGUGAUGGAGUUGGACGGGGCGAGUAGUGUUCUACCGCCAGCUGGAGGUAGUACAGCAUCAGCUGAAAGAAAUAAAGUGGAACCAAAAGCGGACCACGUGGACAAAGAGCAGGACCACAACAAAAGCUACGAUGUGGAGUACGAUAUAGACGGGAAUCCGGUCUACAAAGUCCGCCACACCAACUACGACAUGCAGAAACUCCGUGAGCGCGUUGCCUCCGGUUUGAAAGAAGUCCGCCAGGUGCCCUGUGUGACCUUAGAAACCGUGCUGUCCGACUGGUUCCGGAAAUUCGACGAAGUCAAACUGAUCAAAAUCGACGCGCAGGGGCUGGAUUUGAAAAUAAUCGAGUCUGCGAGUGGUGAAACGCUACGGAGGAAGGUUAAAGAGAUCGAGCUGGAAGUGCUGUGCGAAAACCGCCAAGCCAUGUACGAAAACGGGGCGACGUGUGGGGAGACGGUGAAGAAGAUGGAGGCGAAAGGGUUCGAACUCGCGGAUAAGACGAAAGAUUGCGAGUUUUGGUGCGGGGAAUUUGGGUACAAGCAGCUGAGCGACGUGCAGGUGGACGAGAUCAAUCUGAGGUUUCAAAGAACAGCGGGGAGCGACACAGACACUGCGUUGACCGUGACACCAGAUUCGGAGGCAGCUCCCUCAACGACCGCAAAAAUGCCUCCUGGUGCUGGAGCGGUGGACGAGACACUACUACAAAACAAAGAAGACGACAGCGACGAUGGAUACUUGAAAAUUGACUUGCAAAUCACGUCGCCACGAGGAGCAACGGUAGAAGUUGCAGAAACUGAAACGGCCACCGUUUCGAAAAACCCUUGUCUCGAGCUCCGGUUCGGGACGGAGAGACACACGUUGACAGCUGCGCAGAAAAGUAGUCAUGUGGAUGUUGAUAGUACAACCGCUCUCUUACAACCCUAUCGCGCCACCUGCUCCGAGGUAAAGGAGCUCAUCCUCGAACCCUCUCUCCACCGGUACGCGAAGGCUAUCGCCGACAGCAGCGGGAGGAAGGCGGAUAACUACGGGGAGCUGGGAGUUGUAGUGGCCGGAGCAGCUUUGAGUACUACGGAGGAGAAAAAUCGAGAAGCUGUCAUUUUGCCAUUCGCUUUCUGCAGAGUUGAAGAGGAGUCCACCGCGAUAGACCGACCUUGCAUAGAACAACACCAAUCAGACACACCAACUACAAUCACGGCCGCAGCCCACUUCUUCUCGAGCUUGGUGCCAACAAUAUUCCCGCAGUUAACACUUGCCGCAAUCGAAACGCUGACUCUACGGCUCGACUUUUUCAGGUUUUCCGACUUAGUAGUGAGCCAACCACUAGACUCCUCGCCAUCUUCCACGACGUUUCUCUCUUCUCUCGUGGAUUACGCGCAAGAAAGUGAGGAUGUGUCUUCCCCGUUGCAACCAAAAGUGAAAAAGAUCCUCUUGAUUCUAGAGUAUGUUACUGACUGCGGGUUUCCAAACGACGUAGAAAUGUUCUUUCAAAAGUGCAGGUCCAUGCGGGAAGAGAUUUUGAAACUCGGUUUUCAGGAAAUCAGUUUAAACAUGCCGACAGCACCACAGGCCGCUGGGCAACAAACGCUCGCCUUUCAGUUGCAAAUAAAAAAUCGAAAGAUAUGACAGAAUGAUUUUUGUCUGAG